AUGAAUGCCUUGUUGUUGGGUGACGUUCACAGGUCUGAAGUGAACAAGAUUUUGGAAUUAUUAUUGGAAAGUGCAAGUGCUUCGGGUACAAACAAUUUCGAUAUGGACAAUAUUCAAGCAGCACUCGUGCUUAUCGGCCAAGAAUUUGAGAAUCAACAAGAUGAUAAAAUACCUCGUACUGGUGCAUUCUUUAUCUUUAAGAAAUUUUUGCAAGAUUUUUUUGAAAAAGAAAAAGUCAAACCAGGAGGUACACUAUUAGCAUCAAUCUCUGGUGCUAUUUGGGAACAUACAUCAAAUGAAAUCAAGAAUAAACACGAAAUGGUUUUACAAGAAGUGAAAGCCAAAUCAACAAAGUUUAAUAAAAAAAAUUCAAGUCAGCAAACACAAGAUUUUACACAAACAAAUAACACUAGCAGUGUAUGUCCUACGCAUGGAAACGCUUAUGAUCCUAUUUUUCCAGGAUGUAAUCCUGAAAAUAUCAUGUAUAACGAUAGUGACUUGUUUUAA